UCCAUUCCCCCAUUGCAGAAUCGCAGUUUCUUCUUCAACCUUCAAGUUCCUCUUCAUUCUUCUCUCACUCUCGCAACAAAAAUGCCCGUCAUCGCUGCAAAACGCUCGUUGCGAUCUCACCCUUCCUCGCCUCCCCGCAAAUCGCCCCGCCGAUGCACCGCGGCAACCGCCAAUUCCUCCCCCAAUGUAAACAGUUUCGGCACAGAUGAAAACCAAGCUGAUCCGGCAGUUGUGAAACCCAGGUGGAAUCCCAAAGAUGGUGAGCAAAUAAAGGCGGUGAAGCUAGCAUUGCAUUUGUCCACUGCGCCACCUUCGGUUGUGUGCCGUGAGGAGGAGCAGAAUGUUGUUUUGGAGUUCUGCAAAGGGUGCGUUGAACAGAAAAAGGCUGGGAGUCUUUAUAUAUGCGGGUGUCCCGGAACCGGGAAAUCUUUGUCUAUGGAGAAAGUGAAAGAGCAAUUACUCAAUUGGGCUAAGGAGGCAGGUCUCCCGCUGCCCGAUGUUUUAUCUGUAAACUGUACAACUCUUGCCAGCACAUCGGAUAUUUUCACAAAGAUGAUUGGGUUGAACCAAGCGCAGGGUAAAAAGGUUUCAGCCUCGCCCUUACAGCAACUUCAUAACAUGUAUUCUCAGAAAUCAUCUAUCAAAAACAUGACAUUGAUAGUAGCUGACGAAUUAGAUUAUUUGAUAACCAAAGACAGAGCCGUUCUUCAUGAUCUUUUCAUGCUCACUACCUUUCCUUUUUCCAGAUGUAUAUUAAUAGGUGUAGCUAAUGCAAUUGACUUAGCUGAUCGUUUUCUUCCAAGACUUACAUCAUUAAAUUGCAAGCCUAUUGUUGUAAAUUUCCAGGCUUACUCGAAAGAUCAGAUCCUCAAGAUUCUCGAAGAAAGGGUAAAGGAACUUCCUUACAGUGUCUUUCAACAGCAGGCCCUGGAACUAUGUGCUAGGAAAGUUGCAGCAUCAUCCGGAGACAUGCGAAAUGCCCUUUCUAUAUGCCGGAGUGCAAUUGAGAUGCUUGAAGCAGAAAUUAGAGAAUCUGCCUGCAAUUUGAACAAUUCAUUGGAAGAGAUAUCAUUCUCCAAACAAAAUCUUCCCACAGCUCCUGAUUUUAUUAAAAAACGUGAAUUUGAUAUUGUAAGAACUGAUCAUAUGGCUCGUGCCUUGUCCAAGACUUAUAGAUCACCGGUAGUGGAUACGAUACAAUCAUUGCCACAUCAUCAGCAGAUUAUACUCUGCUCUUCAAUGAAUCACUUUCGUGGAGCUAAGAAAGAUGCAAUGCUCGGAGAGUUGUAUAAAUCAUAUGUGGGGAUAUGCAAAUCAUCUUUAAUUCCUCCAGCAGGAAUCUUGGAAUUUUCAAACAUGUGCAGAGUGUUAAGUGACCAGGGUCUUAUUAAACUAGGACAAUCUCGAGAGGAUAAAUUAAGAAGAGUGUCACCUAAAGUAAAUGAGGGUGAUAUUACUUUUGCAUUGCAGGGAAUACGGUUUUUUCACAACUGUCUUAAAUGAUUCUGAUGAUAGACCGGUAGUGUUCAUUCAACUUGACGUGAGAUCAAAGAUCCUUCAUUGGAUUAAGACAAGUUCCUCUGGUUCAAACCGGUGUCUGCAUUAUAUUAUAUUAUAUGAAGUGGUAUACUCGAUUAAAGCAUGGAGUUGAAAUCACUUCGGCAGAUUUUUUGCACAGAAAGCAGAAGCUAUUAGGGUAUAUUUUUUAUGCUUUUUUUAUUUCUCAAGAACUGGUUCGGGCAGUAUGAUUUAUGUAGCUUACCUCAGGCAGUUGUGGGAAAAGGUUGUAUUUUCUCAGGAGCAAAAAAUAGCAAUAGAUACAUUAAUUUCAUACUAAUAAAUUAAUUUUUUUCAGA